UGGGCAGCGGCGCGCGGGGCGGAGGCUUUAUAAUCACUUCGACGCGGCCGCUCGGCUUCUAGCUCGGGGAGGGCGGCCAAGGCGGCGGCGGUCGCCGCGCCGGUUGAGGGGGCGCUGAGGCGGGAGCAGUGGUGGCGCUGGGCGCCCCUCGCUCCUGGGCCUCUGGGGGCCAUGGGCUCCGAGAAGGACUCCGAGUCGCCGCGCUCUACAUCUCUACACGCGGCCGCGCCCGACCCCAAGUGCCGCAGCGGCGGCCGGCGCCGGCGCCUCACCUUCCACAGUGUCUUCUCCGCCUCGGCCCGCGGCCGCCGCGCCCGGGCCAAGCCGCAGGCCGAGCCGCCGCCCCCGGCCGCGCCGCCGCCGCCCGCCCCGGUCCCGGCCGCGGCCCAGGCCCCGCCGCCCGAGGCGCUGCCCGCCGAGCCGGCCGCCGAGGCGGAGGCGGAGGCCGCGGCGGCGGCCGGGCCCGGGUUCGACGAUGAGGAGGCGGCGGAGGGCGGCGGCCCCGGCCCGGAGGAGGUGGAGUGCCCGCUCUGCCUGGUGCGGCUGCCGCCCGAGCGGGCCCCUCGUCUCCUCAGCUGCCCGCACCGCUCGUGCCGGGACUGCCUCCGCCACUACCUGCGCCUGGAGAUCAGCGAGAGCCGGGUGCCCAUCAGCUGCCCCGAGUGCAGCGAGCGACUCAACCCGCACGACAUCCGCCUGCUGCUCGCCGACCCGCCGCUCAUGCACAAGUACGAGGAGUUCAUGCUGCGCCGCUACCUGGCCUCGGACCCCGACUGCCGCUGGUGCCCGGCCCCGGACUGCGGUUAUGCUGUUAUUGCCUAUGGCUGUGCCAGCUGCCCAAAGCUGACCUGUGAGAGGGAAGGCUGCCAAACGGAGUUCUGCUACCACUGCAAGCAAAUAUGGCAUCCAAAUCAGACAUGCGAUAUGGCCCGUCAGCAGAGGGCACAGACUUUGCGAGUACGGACCAAGCACACGUCAGGUCUCAGUUAUGGGCAAGAAUCUGGACCAGCAGAUGACAUCAAGCCAUGCCCACGAUGCAGUGCUUACAUUAUCAAGAUGAAUGAUGGGAGCUGUAAUCAUAUGACCUGUGCAGUGUGUGGCUGUGAAUUCUGUUGGCUUUGUAUGAAAGAGAUCUCAGACUUGCAUUACCUCAGCCCCUCUGGCUGCACAUUCUGGGGCAAGAAGCCGUGGAGCCGUAAGAAGAAAAUUCUUUGGCAGCUGGGCACACUGAUUGGUGCUCCAGUGGGGAUAUCCCUCAUUGCUGGCAUUGCCAUUCCUGCCAUGGUCAUCGGCAUUCCUGUUUAUGUUGGCAGGAAGAUUCACAGCAGAUAUGAGGGAAGGAAAACCUCCAAACACAAGAGGAAUUUGGCUAUCACAGGAGGAGUGACUUUGUCAGUCAUUGCAUCCCCAGUCAUUGCUGCAGUUAGUGUGGGUAUUGGUGUCCCCAUUAUGCUGGCUUAUGUCUAUGGGGUUGUGCCCAUUUCUCUCUGUCGUGGAGGUGGCUGUGGAGUUAGCACAGCCAAUGGAAAGGGGGUGAAAAUUGAGUUUGAUGAAGAUGAUGGUCCAAUCACAGUGGCAGAUGCCUGGAGAGCCCUUAAGAACCCCAGCAUCGGGGAGAGCAGCAUUGAAGGUCUGACUAGUGUAUUGAGCACCAGCGGAAGCCCUACAGAUGGACUUAGUGUUAUGCAGGGUCCAUACAGCGAAACAGCCAGCUUUGCAGCCCUCUCAGGGGGCACGCUGAGUGGUGGCAUUCUUUCCAGUGGCAAGGGAAAAUAUAGCAGGUUAGAAGUUCAAGCCGAUGUCCAAAAGGAAAUUUUCCCUAAAGACACAGCCAGUCUUGGUGCAAUUAGUGACAACGCAAGCACUCGUGCUAUGGCCGGUUCCAUAAUCAGUUCCUACAACCCACAGGACAGAGAAUGCAACAAUAUGGAGAUCCAAGUGGACAUUGAAGCCAAACCAAGCCACUACCAGCUGGUGAGUGGAAGCAGCACAGAGGACUCACUCCACGUUCACGCCCAGAUGGCAGAGAAUGAAGAAGAAGGUGGUGGCGGUGGCGGCAGUGUCGGCAACGAAGAGGACCCCCCCUGCAAACACCAAAGCUGUGAACAGAAAGACUGCCUGGCCGGCAAACCUUGGGACAUCAGCCUGGCCCAGCCUGAGAGCAUCCGCAGUGACCUGGAGAGCUCGGACACGCAGUCGGACGAUGUGCCGGACAUCACCUCAGAUGAGUGUGGCUCCCCUCGCUCCCAGACGGCAGCCUGCCCCUCCACUCCCAGAGCCCAAGGUGCACCGAGCCCAAGUGCCCAUAUGAACCUCUCUGCCCCAGCCGAGGGGAAGACUGUCUUGAAGCCAGAAGGUGCAGAAGGCAGAGUAUGAAGUGGAAUGAAUGCUCCUGUUCUGAGAAGCACACUUGUAACUGCAUCUUUUGGAAUUUUUUUUUUGUGGGGGGGGGGAGGGGUGGGCGGGAAUUUAUGUAUUUUAUUUCAAAUAUUCUCUGGUCACAGGUUUUCCCCAGGGAAAUUCUGAGAAAUUUGCUAUUUCUUACCAGGUAAAACAUGGAAAUUUUUGCCCUUCGUCCCACCCCCCAACCCCUUCCCUCCUUGUUUUAGUUUUAAUUUAUUGGUUAAACUGAAAGUGGCAAUCCGUGAGGUGUGUCAAAGAGUGUACAGAUGUAUGUGUGUAUAUUGUACGUAUGCUAACAUAUUACUGAAAGAAACACAUUUUAAUAAAGAUUUCUGUCGUAAUUCAA